AAUGAAGUUAACCUGCUGUGUACUUACGAUAAGGACAUUCUUGCAAUUUGUGAACAUCCUCUGUGAUUAUAAUUCACACAUAAAUCUAAACAUUUAGCAUAGGGAAGUUAUGUGGCAGUGAUUCUCAAUUGAGGUGACUGAGGUAGAGUUUAGUCUAAAUAUUCGGUUGUAUUCAUCAUUUCUAAUCUGCAAACAGAGAGUACAAAAGCCUUCGAUUUCAGUGUAACUUAAGAAUUCUUUCGAUCACAGAUUAAGCGGCUCCACGUGAUUGCCAAGAAGAAGUAGGCUUUCUUUCCAGCGAGAGAGACACUUAUUGUUGCUGAUGGGCGUUCUUAUAGUAAUGCGAUGAGAUUAUUCGUGAAUGAGAAGUCGUUAAUCCAUUGUGUAGACUUGUUAAAUGUAUAAAUUUGCAAUGUUUAUUAAAUCACGAUGACAGGGUAUAAUUGACACCAGUGACCACAUUUUGGCCAUUAAAGUCCAGGUGCUCCGCCAGAAGGUAUCAGUUGAGUGUGCCGAUCAGUGACCAAGAGACCCAAGAAGUGAGCCAAGAACUAUGAGUGUCGUUGAGGAUAUUCUGCCGGACUUUCCGCGCGGGCCGCUCUCUGAAUAUCGCGCGAAGGCGUCAUUCGACUGGCGCAGGAUGGCUCUGCUCCUCGAUGGAGAGAGUGUCCUUCGUCUCAAGUACAAGGUCUGGAAUUAUCUGAGCCGCGAUCCUCUCUUCGCGCGUCCUGACUACACACUUACUGUGCGGCAGCAGAGAGAUUUGGCACAGAAGCGACAGAAGAAGUUCUUCGAGGAGUUCUACCAGCUCAUUUACACCAAUGCCCACGUCUCGCCACAGAUCACCAAGACAUUCCUUAUGGCGCUCGUGAGUUAUGACGCCUGCUUUCCGGGGAAGCUGCUCCUCUCUCUUGAGCUCUUCUCCGGCACACUACGCUCGCUGGGCACGGAUUCCCUGUCGGACAUCGUGGAGCAGACGAUGCAGGGAAAGAUCUUCGGGACAUUCGUGGUGACUGAGAUUGCUCAUGGAACAAAUACCAGAGCCCUGCGCACAAUGGCGACGUACGAUCGUGACACGGAGGAGUUCGUCAUUCACACGCCAGACUUUGAGGCAGCGAAAUGUUGGGCGGCCAAUCUCGCAGACACGGGAACUCACGGAAUCAUCUAUGCGCAAUUGUAUACGCCAGAUGGGAAGCAUCACGGGCUCAAUGGAUUCCUUGUGCCGCUGCGUGAUCCGGAAACAAUGGAACCCUUUCCAGGCGUUGUGAUUGGCGAUCUGGGUGAAAAAGUUGGCCUCAAUGGAUUGGAUAAUGGCUUCGUCAUGUUCCACCACUAUCGCAUCCCUCGAGCAAAUAUGUUGGCGCGCGUGGGCGAAGUCACACCCUCAGGGGAAUUUGUAACGCGCGUCGAAGACUCGAAGAAGCGCUUCAGCAUCGUGCUGGGCAUCUUGUCUGAGGGUCGUGUGGCGAUUUGCUGCGGUGUGAGCAAUAAUCUCGUGAAAGCUGUGACCAUUGGGAUUCGCUACUCAGCCACGAGGCGCCAAUUUGGCCCGGAGGGCAGCGACGAGGAGCUGCCGGUGAUUGAGUACCAGACGCAACAGCAUCGCCUCUUUCCACAUCUGGCCACUGCCUUCGCCGCUCUCACGUUUGUGGAUUGGCUUUACUAUGAGAACUACGCCAUCAAGCAGAUCUCUCUGCGCGGAAGCGAUGUCGGACUCAGUAAGGGUAUUGAGAUGCACGCGCUGUCGUGUGUGGCCAAGGCUAUCAUCACCUGGGCGGCCAGAGAUGCUAUUCAGGAGUGCCGGGAAGCGUGUGGAGGACAUGGGUACUUGAAAGUAGCGCAGCUGGGGGAUUUGAGGAGUGAUAAUGACGCUAGUUGCACCUACGAAGGCGCCAAUAAUGUUGUCAUCCAGCAAACUUCCAAUUGGCUCUUGGCCACACUCUUCAGGGGCCACGAGGAGUUCCGCUCGAAAUCACCCUACGGAUCAGCCUCUUUCUUUGCCGAUCUUCCCACAACUGUCCAAAUGAAAUUCCACUGGCGAUCAGUAGAGGAAGUCAUUGAGCCUGAAAAUCUCUUGCAAACCUUCAAUUGGCUCUGCUGUUUCCUGUUGCAGAAGACAGCUGAGAAGGCGCAGGGGAUCCAGAGCAACUCCAUAUCUGAUAUUAGACACAAAAUUCAGGUGUUCAAUGCCAUACCGCUGGCAAUAACGUACGGACAGCGAAUGAUUUUCCAGACAUUCUACAAAUUUAUUCUGAAUCUAAAUGGAGUCCUUGCCGAAAGAACCGUACUCAUGAAGCUGCUAAGCCUCUACGGGUGUCACGUGAUUCUCCAGAACAUAUCAAUUCUGCAGAAAGGUGGCUUCUUAUCCAGCCCACAAGAGAGCGACUUGUACGAGGAGGCAUACUUGAGACUGUUGGAAGAGAUUAAGGAUGACGCUGUAUCCCUUGUGGACGCUAUCGCUCCGCCAGACUUCAUUAUCAACUCUCCUCUGGGCAUGAGCAACGGGGAAAUUUAUGAGAAUCUUAAAGCCACACUCAACAAGAUCAAUAAAAACAAAUUGUAAUUCAAA